UAUAGCACGUUGAUUGGGCAAACACAUCACACAAGAAAGUAUUACUCCAUGGGAGCUCAAAAGGGUCCUGCUGGGGUUAGUGUGAUCAUGGUGAGUCUGAUCAUAGUGAUCAUGUCCACUGCGGCUAUGAGCUGCUCGAAGAAGGCGGCCACCGACGAGAAGACGUCCUGGCCGGAGGUGGUAGGGUUGAGCGUGGAGAAGGCCAAGGAGAUCAUCCUCAAGGACAAGCCCGACGCCGACAUCGUCGUCCUCCCCGUUGGCUCGCCGGUCACCAAGGACUACAGGUCCCAGCGCGUCCGCAUCUUCGUUGACAUCGUCGCCGAGACCCCCCACACUGGCUAGCUAAGCUACCUGCCUAAACAUAAGUAUUUAUUUUUGUCAAGGGUAUACAUGGACGAAUAAUUUCAUAUACGCCCGCCGCAUAUGGAUCAAUGCAUGGAUGUCACGGGUUUGUGUGCUAGCUCUUGGAUCCUUCAUAUUGCAUCUAUUUCUUUAUGAGUUUUUUUCCUAUAUGGUUGGACGGAGUUGGAUUAUCUUCUGGCCACCCUUGGUGUCGGCUUCUCCAGGAUGUCGGUCUAUGUUGAGGACUUUUCAGGAACUUCUUGUAUAAACUUCUGGGUUUCAGUGAGGCGGUGGCGAUGCUCAAAGCACCAACGACCGACAUGUCACAACACCGCUCUCUCGUCGAAGAGAUUAGCAGCAGCACGCCGUCAUGCUAGAGAGCUUGUAUUUGUGCAGUGGAGCUGUUGGCAGAAUACCGCGAGUCAUGAGUUGGCCGCGUAUAGCCGUAGCACCCCACGUACGGCAGUCUGGUUCACAGGUGGACCGAACUUUCUUGUAAACUUGGUUAAGGCCGAGAGGCCUCCUU